CGAGCCAUGGCAGUCGACAACGGGCCUGCCCGGUAGCGGUUCUGCAGCGCCUGAACGACCCCGAGCAAGCCUGCGGCUGCGUCAAGGGCCCGCCGCUGUUAUACAUAGCAUCCUACCGCCGCCUCUCCCCUUCUAUCCUCCUCCCUUGGCCCUUCUCCAUCUCAGGGCUGCCCUGCCCUCGUCCACCGGCCAUUGCCCGUCCACGCGUCGGCUCCUCUGGACCACCAGUGCCUAUGCUACAUCCAUUCCCGGCCCCGCUACAAGGCCUGUGAGACGACAUGUUCCACACUUUCCAGUCAUCCACCGGCAUGCGCUCUCCCAGCGCCGAGGACAGCGUGGCAGGCAAGCCCACCCGGAGCACAGGCUCGCGCCGGAUAUCCACGAGCAACGCCUGUGUCGAGUGUAGGCGGCGGAAGAUCCGCUGUGAUGGCACCCAGCCAUGCGGCCAGUGUCAGUGGUACCAGCAUCCCGAGGCAUGCGGGUACUCGAAGCCUGCACAGAGGGUGAUUCCCAGCCGGAAACUGGUCGACAAACUCUCGACCAACAUCGAGCAGUACAAGACCAUCCUCACCAAACUGUACCCUUCCAAGUCUCUGGACCAGAUUGAAUCUCUUGUCUCGAUGCCGCGCGAAGAGCUGUUGGAGCUGGCCUUGUCGUCUCCAGGUGCCGCGCAGACGACUCCCUCCCCGACCGUGGAGAACCACUCCAUCUCGGAGCUCAGCCACGGCUCAGGCGGAGCCGAAAGCCUCGAGGCACUCGAGCAGGCUCCUCCCCAGGACCCGUUUUGGGACGAAGCCCGGAAGCACCAGCUCCGCGUGCAAGGGGUCUCUGACGACGUGAACGGGCUCUCUUUAUCGGUUGACAGACUCUCCUCCUACGUGGGGAUUUCAUCCAUUACAGCAGCGCUCAAAGUCAUCGUGCGAUGUGCGCCCCAUGCACGACCCCUGAUUUUCCAGAGCAACCACGAGACGGUCCUGCCCAGUAGAGCCAAUUCUCCCGCCCCGGAGCUCGCAGACAACAGGCCAGACGCUUUGCCUCCACCAGCUCAGGGGCAGGCCUUGAUUGAGAGCUAUUUCGAGCGUGUGCACCCGUUCUUUCCCAUGAUUGAAGAGCGAAAAUUUUGGUCCAACUACCUGCUAGGUGACCGGAGAGACGCACCAUGGCUAGCACUGCUCAACAUCGUCUUCGCCUUGGGAUCGUUAGCAUCUUCGACAGCGAGCAAUGAGGCUCACUAUGUCUACUUCAAUCGAUCGCGGCGGCAUCUUUCGUUCGAAUCUUUUGGCAGCGGCAAUCUAGAGGUCCUGCAAGCACUCGCGAUCAUGAGUGGGUACUACAUGCAUUAUCUGAACCGACCGAACGAAGCACAUUCGCUCAUGGGCGGGGUACUUCGGAUGGCAACGGCGCUGGGGCUACAUAGGGAGUACUCGGAUAGAUCAGCGCACGACAACAACCACUUGCUCAACGUCCUGGGACAUGGCGAUGGAGACACAGUGUCACCUGAAAACCGAAGGCGUAUAUGGUGGAGUCUAUUCUGUCUUGAUGCUUGGGCGUCGACUACCACUGGGCGGCCAUCUCUGGGGCGCAUGGGACCGUCCAUCACGGUGUUGCGGCCUGGUACGGCCAAUAACUCAGGUAUCCUCCCGCAACCGAACAGCCCACAGUACCUCGAAUAUCUCAAAGUACUACCGCUGAUCCAUGCCUCCGAAUUCUGUACCAUAGCCACAAAGAUCCAAGACCGCCUCGUCGAGUCACCACUCCUCUCGCACACAGAGACAGCCGCCUACGACGCCGAAAUCAUCAAAUGGCAUGACGAGCUGCCCCCCAUUCUCUCGAACCCAAACGAAUCCUGCCCAGACUUCCUCCGCCGCGUCCGCCUCGUCAUGAAGUGGCGCUUCCAGAAUCUCCGUAUAGUGCUGCACCGCCCGGCCCUGCUUGUCUCCGCCCUCCGUCGCUGCCCGCUCCACGCCCUCUCCGCGGAGGAAAAAGUAAUCGUCAGUAAGUGCCGUAUCGUCGCGGCCAAGACCAUCGACGACAUCUCAGCCGAGUGCUGCCCGGACCUCAUCUCAGGCUGGAACGCCGUCUGGUUCACCUUCCAGGCGUGCAUGGUGCCCCUGGUCAGCCUCUUCAGCGAUGCGAGCGUGCCCGAGGAGACGGCACGGUGGUGCGCGAGCAUCGAAACGGCGCUCGAAUUUUUCGCGCGUAGCAAACCCUGGAGCAUCGCCGCCAAGCGCAGCCUCGAUGCCGUCAGCAGGCUCUACAACGCGUACAAGAUGCAGUCGCAAUUCUCAGCGCAGGCGCUGCACAACCAGAACGGUAUCCCCCCGUUCGCACAAGACCAUCUGCAGGUGCAGGCCCUGGGCCACAGCCACCACGCAGCAGGCUUCGCGUACGGCGGCGCCCCGGGUGUCCCCGUCCCAGACUACGGCUUCGCGCUCAACCCGGAUACCAUGGGCGGCGGCGGUUGGGUGCGCGACCCCAGCGUCAACGCCAGUACCCUCGGCGACGGCACCCUUAGCGGCUUCUGGGACGACAUGGUCUGGGACACAAACCUGCCGGACAUGCUCGAGGCGCCGUUCGGCGUAGGCAUGGCGGCUGACUACGAUGUGUGGCAGGGGGCGGCGCAGGAUACGGGCGCGCCGUGCUGGAUGCAGGGGAAUUGAAGGGAAGGCUGCUCGAAUCGACCGCCAUAGGCGAGCAAUGCACGAGGACAUACGUACACGACAUGGCGAGGCAAUCGGUGAGGGUAGAGCCAGAGUGGAGUCGCGGGACCGGCCGCUGGGGGCGGCAACGCGCGAGACAAACGUCAGAUUUCGGGAGGAUCACUCGGGACUCGCAGCGCAUCGAUCGCGGCGGGCGGACGUGGGCGUGCUCGCGAUCAUUGGGGCCCUCGG